CAUAAACCUCAUUGGCUUUUACAGGUAUGAGUUGUUCAUGGAUGCUUUCAACCACAUAUCGAACAAUAUCGACAAAAUAUACAAGCAGCUUACGAAGAGCAACACGCAUCCUUUGGGUGGAACUGCUUAUUUAAACUUGGAAAAUGAAGAUGAUCCAUUUCUACAUGGCAUCAAGUAUACUGCUAUGCCGCCAACAAAGCGCUUCCGUGAUAUGGAGCAACUAUCUGGUGGGGAGAAAACAGUUGCAGCACUUGCAUUACUCUUUUCCAUCCAUAGUUACAGGCCUUCACCGUUUUUCAUUCUGGACGAAGUUGAUGCUGCUUUGGAUAACUUAAAUGUCGCCAAGGUUGCUGGGUUUAUACGUUCCAAAUCAUGCGAAGGCGCCAGCCGUAACCAGGAUGCGGAUGGAAGCACUGGUUUCCAGAGCAUAGUGAUAUCGCUAAAAGAUAGCUUCUAUGACAAGGCUGAAGCCUUGGUUGGGGUUUACAGGGAUUCUGAAAGAAG